AUGCAGACGCAAACCACGGGCGGCAGCAGCAGUUUGCCGUGCGCUGGGCCGAAGGUGGCUCUGCCACGGUCCCGGGGAGCGGCGGACAUCCGGCACCGGGCCCGCUCCCACCUCCGCCCGCGGGGCUCUGUGUUCUCGGGGCGCUCCACUGCCAAGGCUGAGGGAGACAAAUCCCGAUUGUGUCCUGACCCCAGGAGAGGUCCAAUAACCGAGCCCCCUGACAGGGGGCCCGGGGCCGCUCCGCCUCCGGCCGGCGCCCGCCUCGGGCCCGCCGCCCCGCCCCCGCCCGCGCAGGUCCCGGCAGGGCCGCGGGGAGCGCGGGGAGCGCGGGCCGGCGGGAGCAGCGGCGGGGCCGCGGCCGGGCCGAUGCUGCCUGCGGGCCGCGGCCGGAGGGCGGCGGCGGCGCUGAGGGCGGCGCUGGGCGAGGGCGCGGAGCGGCGGCGGGAGCUGGAGCGGCGGGCGGCGCGGAGCCGGGCGCUGCUGGGGCGCUGGGAUGAUGAGGAAGAGGAGCGGCCACAGCCACAGUCGGGCUCCAGCACUGAGCAUGAAGACAGGCCUUCACCCAAGGAGCUAGAGGAGCUGGAACUGCUGAACAGGGCCUUAGAGAAGGCGCUGAAGAUCAGGAAAAGCACCUUGGAAACUCCAGUAGAGGCUCAGGGAGCUAGAGGACAGAAAUGGGCAGGUGAGGCACAUGCUCCCAAGAAAGCUGAAGAGCAGCAGGUGCCUGUACCUGUUGAGAGUGUUCCUGAGUGCAGGAAGGUGAGAGCUGGAAGCAAAAAGCCUUUGUUGUUGAAGAAGGCCUCUCCAUACCAGUUAAGAGCCCCUUACAGGACUGACCCAGAUGUGAAGAAACUGCAAAGGAAAGUCCCAGCCAGAUGUGUUUCUCAAGGCCCCAGGACAGCUGGGAAGAUUUCCUCAAAAGGAGUGACUUCCAAACAAGGAAGAAGUCACAGGACAGCAACUGGUGCCAGUGCCAGAGAAGUCAGUGCUGCAGCUGAACCCCAGGAGACACCUGGCUUGUCUAAAUCUGCCCCAAAUGAGCAGCAAAGCUUUUCUGGAGGGGGUUCAGCUGCAGUAAAGAAUUCCACAGGGGCUAGCAAGCAAUUACUUGAUGCAGGGAAGAAAAGUUGUGGUUUCCUGGGAGAGUCCAGCAAAAAGGAGGACACUGCAGGUGCAUGGGGAAGGAGCACCUCACCAGGGACAGGCACCCUGCAGGAAAAGGGAUGCCAGCUGAAGCUGCCCCUUCCCUACAGGAAAGCCUAUUCCAGGAACUCCAGGGCAUGGGAGAGAUGUCGCCUGUGCCAAACAAGUGCAGAAGCAGCAGCUGCAAGGACCCGUUUUAUGGAGAGAAUCCAGACAACUUUUUGCUGCCCGAAGCUGACCCCCAGUCCUGCAGAGAUAGAGGAGGAAUUAAGGGGCCUCCAGGAUGUCCCCUCCCGUCUGAGGCAGUAUAUGGAAGCUGAGCCUGCAGAUCCUCCCACUCUGCAAGGAGAGUAUGAAAGCCUUCUGACCUUGGAGGGUUUGCAAAGCACAGUGUCCCAGUGCCUGCAGAAGCUGCAGCUGCUGCAAGAAGCUCUGGAGUCCCAGCUGAGGCUGUGCCCAGACUGCCCUGGGGAUGUGGGGAGCUGCUCUCCAGCCUGUGUCCCUGCCAGGGGACAGACGUGUGACAGUGCAGACAUGCUGGCUGUGCCUCUCCUCUGUUACUCCAGUCUCCAGGAGCUGAGGGACCUGUCUGCCUUGAAGCUGCAAGUGUCAAUGCUGCACCAAGAGAUUGCCUUACAAAAGGUGAUGAUGGCAGAGCUGCUGCCUGUCCUGGAGGCCAGGCCGUGGCUGGAGGGCUCUGCAGGGCUGUUCCGGGCCAUCCACAGCCAGCUCUGCCAGGGGGGCCGGCGCUUCCCUGUGCUGGUGAGAGACGAGCUGCUGGACUGAGCUGGGGAGCCUCCUGCUACUCCUGCACAGAGCCAAAGACUGCUCCAAGCAAUAAAUCUUUUCUAUGAACUUC